AUGGGGGACCUGGUCGACCCGAAGCCAAAUCUCGACGUCGACGCUGACGUUAGCGGAGUCUACCAACCCCAAGAUGCCCUCGGCCGCUCUGCCCGGUCGGCAAUGAUGACGGGCGCCGCGGGACUCUUCAUCGCCUCGGUACAGAACACGGUAGCGAAGGAACAAAUUGGUGCUUUCGGAGUGUUUACGCGGUUUGGGAGAACUAUUGGUCUACUCACGGCAAUGGGAGGAGUUUUCCAGUUCACCAGCAUCGCCUCCGCGAAUCUGCGUGAGAAGAAUGACUUUGUCAACCACACAAUUGGAGGUGCCCUUGCUGGGUCUCUAAAUGGUCUUUGGAAGCGGUCGAUGGUAUCGACGUUAGGUAGCGCUCUCGCCUUGGGCAGCGUAAUGGGUGUGAUCAGCUACACGGGUCGCACCAUGUUCGAGUCAGCUGCAGACAAGCCUUUCGCCGACCGAAUGGCAUAUAAAGAUGAGGCCAAGGCGCGGUUCAGGAGACCUCUCAACGAAACGAUAAAUGAAUUGGGAGAAGGCAGAGGCAUCUACGGACCCGGGUAUGAGGAAAGGCGGAAGCAGAGAAUCAAGGAAAGAUACGGCUUCGAUGUGCAGCCGCCAUAUUAUGAAAACAAGUCUGCACCUGGUGCAUAA